UGCUUGUGUUGCCUUCUCUUCUCACUAUUUUCAUUUGCUUCCUCUCUCAACCAGUUUUCUCUCCUCUCACCCUCCUCCUCUCAGACCAUGGCUUCUUCUAAUUCAGAUGGAGUGAAAUUUGUUCCGGAAGAAGGUAAUUUCUUGCAGAAACAUGUCUCCUUCUUCGACAGAAACAAAGAUGGCAUCAUUUAUCCCUCGGAGACAUUUCAAGGAUUUAGAGCAAUCGGAUGUGGAUAUGCGCUGUCAACAUUUGCUUCUGUGUUCAUAAACAUGGCUCUCAGCAGCCAAACUCGUCCGGGGAAAGGGUUCUCGUUAUCAUUUCCGAUAGAGGUUAAGAACAUCCACCUUGCCAAACAUGGAAGCGAUUCAGGCGUUUACGACAAGGAUGGACGAUUCGUUGCUUCCAAGUUCGAGGAGAUAUUUACGAAGCAUGCUCACACACAUAGCGAUGCUUUGACCAAGGAGGAACUCAAACAACUCCUUAACGCAAACAAAGAACCAAAUGAUCGUAUGGGAGGGCUUGCAGCGUAUGCGGAGUGGACGGUAUUGUAUGAUUUGUGCAAAGACAAGAAUGGUUUGCUACAGAAAGAGACAGUGAGAGCCGUCUAUGAUGGUUCUCUUUUCGAGAAACUCGAGCAACAACAAAAAUCUUCUUCCAAAACUCCUAAGAUACAUCCAUAAACCCCAAUUUAAAUUCAUUGUUAUUCCUUCUCGUUAAUGAAUCUGUUUGUUUAAAAAAACAAAAAAAAACUAUUAUCCAAUCUUUAUUGUUAUAUUAAACUAUGGUAUAAAGAUUGAUUAUGAUUUUUUAGGUAGAAAGAAAAAGAAAAAAUUAAAGAUUGAUUAUGAA